AUGCCCCCCAUCCUGGAAUGUUCGGCGCGGCGGUCGACCCGUGAACGAACAACCGAACAUCCUUCCGUAGCACGUGGUGGAGACGAGCGGAGAAAGGGGUCAAAUUCCAAACGAAACGCUCGUUUGUUUAAGAGGGGGCAUGCCUACACCUCUCAGCUUCACAAUUUAUUGAUCGCAUCCCUAACAACACUGCCAACUCCCGAUACCCGCAUCGAUUGAUACCAUAGCCCAACAGCAAUAGAAAAUGAUCAAGUCCUUUGCGUGUACUGCCACAGCCUUGCUCAGCCUGCUGACGGUCGUUCAUUCGAUAAUAGACCCCGCAACGUUCGACCCGGAUAAAUGUUCUUCUUCGACACUGAAUUUCAACUUUUUCCACGCAUACGAUCAAGUCACGGACGAGACCUUGGCGGCCUACGGCUUCGCCUAUUUGUCGAUUCGCACAAGCUCCGACAGCAGCAACUGCGAGACUCCGUUGGCUCGGGUCUUUGACACGGCCCGUCCUACUUGCGGUGACGGCGACUUGACGGGUGCGCCAGACGACGGCAAGGCCAUUAUCGUCCAGGAAAAGUCCCGCUGCGGUGGAGCCGAUGACUGUGCGGACGGUGGAACGAUCGAGUUCGACUGGAACGGAGCUCUGGUCAAUCUACGCAGCAUGCGCAUUCUGGAUAUGGACGAAGCCGUCGAAGUUUCCGUGAAGAUACACACCCAUCCGGAUUGGACCGUUCUGCCCGCCCCUAGUCAUCCCGGCAACGGCCAACACGUCACGUACGACUUUGGGGGAGGCGUGGAUAGUGUCACCCAGCUUCGGGUACACUUUGUGGGAUCGGGUGGGAUUCCGUCACUCACCUACACCAAGUGUGAGCCCAUCGUUCACGGGGAUCCCCAUUUCAAGACCUGGGCGGGACACAAGUUCGAUUACCACGGACAGUGUGAUUUGCUGCUCGUGCACGCACCGCACUUUCAACAAGGUCAGGGACUCGAUCUGCAAGUACGCACCGAGCAACGUAGCUUCUUCUCAUUCGUCAGUCGGGUGGCAAUCAAGAUCGGCAACGACAUUUUGGAAGUCGGCUACCGAGAUCUGCUUUUGAACGGGGCGCUGCACGACAAUCUCCCCGUGAACGGCUCCUUGGACUUGUCCGGUUACCCCGUCACCUACACGGACGAGCCCUUCCCCAACGGACGAGCCCAAAAGGUCUACACGAUACAGAUCAAUUCUAUGGAAAGCAUUCGGAUCAGUGUGUUCAACCACUUUAUGGCGAUCCGCUUCCUCCAUAUCAAUCCCCGCAACUACCGAGACGCUACGGGCCUCUACGGGGACUACAAUUCGCUACGCAUGCUCGCCCGCGAUGGAACCACGGUCCUACAGCACGAUCCCGACCAAUACGGUGCCGAAUGGCAAGUCAACGAUCAAGACGCCCAGCUUUUUGCGCAGGCCCAGGCGCCGCAGUACCCCCAAGCCUGUCGACCCGCACCGUCAAUUGCGGACGGCAGUCGUCAUUUGCGCCACGGUAUUACCAAGGCUCAGGCGCGGGAUGCGUGCCAGCGGGGCAUGGCCGCGGAUAUUGGUGAUUGCGUCUUUGACGUAAUGGCCACGGGAGAUCUCGGUAUGAUCCAAUCCAUGAGAUGGGUGGUGAAGACCAUUGAAGUAACGGGGGACGCGAUCGACGCUGGAAUCGGGGGGACGACGACCGUGGGGUCGGACGUGGCGGCCGCUACGAAUUGGUGGGUGGGGAAUGUAGCAAACGUCACCAAUCCAGGUAUUGAUAUUGAGGAGCUGUUCUUUUUACACUAA